AGACCUCGUGGCCUAAAGCGCAAACGAAGCCAGGUACCGCAGCCAUCAAAGAUCAACUGGGCAGAUAUGCCUCUAGAGUUGAGAGAGAUGAUCUUAGAGGCUUUAGAAGACUCGUUACAGGGUGGGAAAACAGCCUCAUACGCCUCUGUCUGCAAAGAAUGGAACCGAAUCCUUGAGCCUUACAUCUUCAAGCGCCUCAAGUUAUCGUUAAAACGGAUCCAAGAAUUUAAAAAAAUUGUUACCGAUCGUCGUCGACCAUUCGUUCAAUUUAUAUGGUUCCGGUUCGAGAGAGCUGUCUACCAAGAUGAGCUAGACAAUGUCAAAUUCUCGUACGCAAUUUUUCAUUUAUUUCAGACUCUAUCAGAAUGGGGAGAAAGAAAUAAGGGCCAUCCGGGUAUUGUUUUAGAGUUGAGCGCGUUCUCGGUCGCCGAUCCUUGGCACUCAAUGAAAGAUACCGUGCCAAAGGAACUUAAAGACGUUGAUGUCACAGAGGAUAGCGAUGCGUUAAAUACCAUGUACGAGAAAUCUCCUCUCCGCCGCAUGCGAGGACUGUCAGAAGAAGCAAAAUCCCAGCAAGCGAUGUCGAUAAGCUUCUACCGCCCUUUGGACUUUCCAAGCGUACUAGAAAUGCCAUUCCCAACGGUGCAUUUGAUCACAGACCUAACUGUGCGACGCCAAAUGCAUAGCGGCUUUUUCACAAGAUACAUAGGGCGUUUGAUCAAGGCACUCCCCAGGCUCGAAUUCCUAACAUUCGAGCCAUCAAGUACUUCUUUUCUACAGGGGCAUGGUUGGGGAGGUUUGGGAUUAAACCCAAAUAUCCAAGCUGUGGAAAAAGUUUUAAACCAGAUACCGUUUUCGAUUAGACGUUUACAGCUAUUUGAAGACGAUAUUUCAUUAUACAGCAAUAACGGAAGGUCAAGAAUUGGGACUGAUCGCCAUGCCCUGGGUCGACUUGUUGCAAACAUCAGCCAAGAAAAAGAACCAGAAGCGCUGGCUUGUUGUUUCAUCAUCGAUGCCUCGGAUUUUUUCGCAGAUUUUUGGGCGCCCCAGAUAACUCGGGCUCCAGAUAAA